AUGGUAUCAGAAGGAAAGCUAUCCGGGCGACAACGAAGGAAGAACACGUCUCUCCAGGGAAAAAUCUUCAAGCUGUGGGAAGCGUACGAGAGCGGAGAAUUGUCAGUCAACGGCCUACUGAGGAAAUGCAGAAAGGCAACUCCAAGGACACGGUCUGCUACCACGAAUAAGCUUCUUCCGUCGCCUCGUGUUGUUAGCAACGUAAUACACAAGGCCGGUGAAGCCAUGGAAAAGGAAUCGAAUCUAUCGUACAUGAUCAUGCAGAUGGGCCAAUUCCUGUCACACGACUUUAUUAUGACAAAGUCGUUUACAAAUGACGAUGAGACACCACUGGAGUGCUGUGGUGAUGAUAAAGAAUGUUCUGAGUGUUUUCCGAUAUCCAUUCCGGCAGGAGAUACUAUGAACACAACGUGCUUGUCGUUUGCCCGAUCAAAGUCUGUCUUCGACUGUGAUGGGAUACGUCAGCAGCUUAAUGGGCAGUCAUCGUAUCUAGAUUUGUCAUGUCUUUACGGGACUGACGAAGACGCGGCCAACGAAUUAAGAUUAUUUAAAGGGGGCGAACUAAACGUAAGUUCCACCAACAAUCUUCCUCCGGACAUGGACGACAGCACUUGCGAGUUAGAAGGUUCAUACGACGAAGCAUAUAAUUAUUGUCCAAUGUCAGGUGAUCCGAGAGUAAAUGAAAAUGCCGGUCUCUCUGCUUUUCACACUUUGCUACAUCGUGCCCACAAUAUCUUUGCUCGGGGUUUGGCAUUUGUAAACCCUCACUGGAAAGAUGAGGAGCUGUUUCAGAAUGCAAGAAAGAUUCUGGUCGGAAUUUGGCAGAAAAUUGUAUAUGGUGACUACUUGCCCCUCAUUGUCGGAGAACAAGCCAUGAAAUCUCAUAACAUUAAUAUUUCGCCCGAUGGCUACAAAGAAACAUACAACGUAAACACCGAUGCGACUGUAACCAACGAGGGUGGCAUCGCGUUUAGAUUCGGGCACUCCAACAUUCACCGAAUGAUGGUUCUACAAGACCAAGACUAUAAACUGUCCAUGACCCCUGAGCCUCUGCAGCUAAGUUACUUCAAGUGUAAGUGGUACCAUGCGUUUAAUGGGCGAGGUCAUGAAGACGUCCUUCGAUGGACGGCUGACGCCGCAUGCCCUCGGUCGGACAGACUUCUUGAGCCAUCAGUGCAACAAACAUUAUUUGAAGACGGCCGCGGCAUAUCAAGUGAUCUUGCAGCCUUGAACAUUCAAAGUCACCCGUUUUGA